CUGCGGCCAUUUUAAAUGCUACGAGUGGGGUUUUCAGGACGCGCUUCGACAAAAAAUUGUCAAUUUUCUACUGGAAUCACAUUCGCCGGAUGAAAUUUUGUGCAAGAAGUAUUGUAGUCAGUGUUUGUUUUGAUUUAGUGUACGAUUCAAAAAAGUAUCGGCAUCAAAGUUUUCGGUAAAAAAAACGAAACCAACGUGUGUUGUUGAACGAUUUUUUUUUUUUUUUUUGAAUUAAAAGAAGAAGAAAAAAUUUAUCACACAGUGCAAAGAGUCAAAAUCGAGAGUGCGAGAGAGUACAGCGAACAGAGCGUAUAGUGUGUAUUAGUGCGGUUUGUUCGAAUGAAUUCAACCUGCAUGCUACUGUCGCCACCACCGCAAUAAAAAUCAUCCAUCAACCGAAAAGCAAAAGACAAACUGCAACAUUGAAACUGUUGUUCGCAAUAUACGAUAAAACAGUAAAGAGCAGAGCAAAAAAAAAUAUAUACGUAGCAAAGCCAAUUCAAUCAAGCAAAAUAAGAAAAAAUAACGCAAAUUUCACCGCGAAAAAAAGCAAAAAAAAAAAAAAAAACGAAACGAAAACGUUCGGCGAAGCGGGACUGUUUGUUUGGUUCUCUCGAUUGGAAAUAUUUCUAGUGCAAAACACAUUAUAUAAUUUUAUGUUAGAAGCGUGUCUAUUAAUUGCCUCCAAAUUUCGGAUUUUCAUUUUGUCGCCUGGCCAAUUGGCUCUAUUGUUUGGAUUUCGGAUGAAUAGUGAAAUUGUCCUGAUAGCUGUUGCAUAGCAAUUGUGAUGAUGAUAUGAUUAAGAGAUCGCUAAAGAUUGUAGAAAUUUUACCAUGAAGAAAACAACACGUCAAAAAUAAUAGUUUUAUAAAUUACGACACGACAAAUACAAAUCGAAGUUUGGAUUUUAAAGUCGAAAAAAACAAAAAAUAUAGAAAAAAGUAACAACCAACAAUCAUCAACUACUCCAACAAAAUCAGAGAACUGAUCAACAAACAUUCACCGCUCCGAGAUCAUUUGAAGGCGGUGCUUUGUUUUGCAUUUAUGAAGAAAAAAAGUCAGUGAAAAGAAAAGUAAAAUCGAAUAAUCCUUCCUAAAACAAAGUAGGCUCCCAUAUAAAAGAAGCUCAAAGCAAACAGAAAAUUGACCAACUGGUGAUAAAUAAAUAAAAUAAAAACACAACUUUCAAAUAAAACAAAACAAAACAAAAAUUAAAUUAGUCACAAUGCUGUCGAAACGUCAACGAAUCGAUACACGUGUUCCAAUUGUAAAUGGACCAAGACCGCUGGUGGCUCUUCUCGAUGGCCGUGAUUGUGCCAUCGAAAUGCCAAUUCUAAAGGAUGUAGCAACAGUCGCAUUUUGCGAUGCACAAAGCACAUCGGAGAUCCAUGAAAAGGUCUUAAACGAAGCCACCGGAGCACUCAUGUGGCACACGAUAAUACUAACGAAAGAAGAUCUGGAAAAAUUCAAAGUUCUUCGCAUCAUAGUACGUAUCGGAAGUGGGACCGACAACAUCGAUAUAAAAGCGGCCGGUGAACUAGGUAUCGCAGUCUGCAAUGUGCCAGGAUUCGGAUUAGAAGAAGUAGCCGAUACGACAAUGUGUCUCAUUCUAAAUUUAUAUCGUCGAACAUAUUGGUUGGCGAACAUGGUGAGAGAAGGAAAAAAAUUCACCGGUCCCGAACAAGUGCGAGAAGCUGCGCAGGGUUGCGCCAGAAUUCGAGGCGACACACUUGGUUUGGUUGGCUUGGGAAGAAUCGGAAGUGCAGUCGCAUUACGUGCAAAAGGUUUCGGCUUAAAUGUUAUCUUUUAUGAUCCAUAUCUUCCGGAUGGCAUUGAUAGAGCUCUUGGAAUAACUCGAGUGUACACAUUACAAGAUUUGCUGUUCCAAUCAGAUUGUGUAUCGCUACAUUGCACACUCAACGAGCACAACCACCAUCUUAUUAAUGAAUUUACGAUUAAACAGAUGCGACCUGGUGCGUUCUUAGUCAAUACGGCAAGAGGUGGACUAGUUGAUGACGAAGCGUUGGCAUUGGCUUUAAAACAAGGACGGAUAAGAGCCGCUGCACUUGAUGUCCACGAAAAUGAACCAUACAAUGUAUUCCAGGGUGCUCUUAAAGAUGCUCCAAAUUUGAUUUGCACACCACAUGCCGCCUUCUACAGUGAAGCAUCUGCAGCCGAAUUGCGUGAAAUGGCGGCCAGUGAAAUGAGAAGAGCCAUUGUCGGUACAAUUCCAGACGUGCUACGGAAUUGUGUCAAUAAGGAAUAUUUCAAUCGUACACCGUCUUCGGCACCAGGAUACACAGAAGGGCUAAAUGGUGGAUACUAUUCAGGAGGAUUGCAACAGGCCCAUAGCACGACGCCACAUGAAGCUCCGCACAGUGCUGGAGCACCAACAUCAGUACCGCCACCGUCAGCAGGACCACCGCCAACCGUUUCAGCUAUAUCAGCUGUGCAACCGCAGGGAAUACCACAUGGGCUAGUGAGUAAAUCUGUAACCGCUUAGCGCCCCAGAUCCAAGUAAUCAUCAUGCAAACAAACCAGAACAGUCUGAAGUGCACUAGUUUUCUAGCUUACAGCAUAAUUACACUACCUAAUUUACAACAUUGAGUAGCUGAAAUAUUAUUGUCAUCGAUAAAAAAAAACACUUCAUAGAACUUUUUUUUUACUUUAAUUCUUUUUUUUUUCAAAAUACAUGUACUUUAUAAGUUUUGGCUUCAAUUUCGAUUUCUUUCAAUUAUGUUCGAAUUUAUUUUUGUAGCAAAUGGAAUUCUGUAUAAAACAAAAAAAAAAACACACCCAAAAAAUUGAAAGAAUAAUAAAAGUAGUAACUACAAUUUAAAACAAGGAAAAAAUUAAAUUCUCUAUCACAAUCAUAUUAUAUUAUAGUUGAGAAGCGCCGUAAAAAUGAUCGUUAUGUAAAACACAAUGGAAUGCAUGAGAAAUGCAGUUGCGUAGAGAAAAAAUGCAGGUUCUUUCUAUAUGAUAAAGAAGUACUGAACGUUCAGUUUUAAUGUGAAAUACAAUUUGAAAAUAAUAUUAACAACAAAAAAGAGAAUCAUUUUAUAUAUUUUCGAUUUUAUUACUUAUUCUAAAUACACAUGCGUGAAUGAAAACACACUCAAACUCAAACUCACACACACACAAACCCACUUUAGAGAGCGCCCGUUGACUCCAUUUUUUAUUUCGAACAUCUUAUUGCAACAAAUGUAACAUUUUUUUAUAAAGGAGAAAAUUUGCUAAAAAAAUAAUUAAGCAUCAAGAAUCGAAAUGAGGCAAACAAUUAACACACACACAUGUGUAUAUGAAGUUCGGAUUUUCAGUGUAUUUCAUUUUAAACGAUAAAUAGUGAUCAUUAUUGCAUAUGAUUUUUUCUUUUGUUGGAUAUUAUAUUUCGGCCAAUCAAGACCACAAAAUUUAAAUUGGAAUUUUUGCAUUAAAAAAAGAACAUUUCCAGUGAUGAUAAUCAAAAGUUUAGAAUCGUAUAAAAAAAAUGUGAACCUCAUAUAUACAGGUGUGCACUACGAAUGUGUAAGAAAAUUCACAGAACGAAUUGAUAAAAACAUUAAAUUUCUGUUAAUUUUUCUUUUGUUUUUAUGUAUUCUUCGAAUCACGCUACUAUUUCGAUCGAUUUGACACUAAAAAAUAUCCAGCUCGCUCCCAAUCCAAUUUGAGCGCUUGAAAUAUUUCAAACAUCAAUGAGUUUUCUACACGUGCUCAAAAUGUCUCGGCAUCAUCAAAUGGCAAAAAAAAAGCGUAUACGAUGCCGUGAACAUCAAACGUGAUUGUUGUAACAUUUCUCGAUUUUUAUCAUCAUAACUUCAAAUUCAUGUUUUUUUGUUUUGAAACGAUAAAAGAAAAUAUAUAUUUUAGAACGCCCGAAAAUUGAUUUAUAAAUUUAAAUUCUUAAUACUGUAUAAUUUUUAGUACAUUUCAUUGUGACAAUGCAACCGCAGCAAAUGAAAAUAAAAGCAACACCCGCAAAUUAAAUCAAAAAAAAAAAAUAAGACAAACAAAAAAAUGUUGAAUAUAAUUUCUCUAAUUGGAACGAUAUGAAUGUGACUGUCGGAAAUAUUGAAAAUGGAAAAUAAAAUUUACAAAAAAAAACAAUGUUAGUUUGCAACAUAUUUAAGAAAAAUAUUGCAAAAAUUCCCUGGAUUGUGUAAAAAACGAAAAAUGAAUUUUAAGCAGAUCAUAAAAAUAACAACAAUUGAAUAAAUUAAUGAACAAAAUAAUGUUAGUAAUAUUACACAGUGUAAUACACACACACACACACACAAAGAGAAAAAAACGACAUCAACAAAAAUUUAAAAUGCAUGAUUUCGUCAUUCCGUUUCGGAAUCGACGAAACAUAAAUUAUUGAUGAAAAAUAAUAAAAAAAUCAUUGAACCCUUUUA